AAAAAAAAAAAAAAAAAAAAAAAAAAGAGGAGGAGGAGGAGGAGGGUGAGAGAGAAGCUCGGAGAGCAGAGAAAAGGGGCCACCGAUCGCCCCCCCGCUUCCCCGCACGCGCUCUCCGGCUGAGGCCGCCCGCCUGCCGCGGUUACCCCGGCCUCUCCCCCGGUCCCCUGUGAGCGGAUCUCGGCGCUGAGCGAGGCCCUGCCGGGGCGGCCAUGCGGCGGUGACAGGAGCUCGGCCGAGACGCCCGGGCCCCUCGCCCUCUCACCUCCUGCCCGCUCGCCCGCUCGCCUCCGCCGAAGCUGCCCCGCCGCGGCCGCAGCUCGCGCGCGGCCCACACUCGCUUCCCUUCGGCUCCCCCGGCCCCGGCGCUGCCUGGAGGCGGCUGCACUCGGGGAUCAUGGCCCAAGUAGCAAUGUCUACCCUGCCCGUUGAAGACGAGGAGUCCUCAGAGAGCAGGAUGGUGGUGACGUUCCUUAUGUCUGCUCUGGAGUCCAUGUGUAAAGAACUGGCCAAGUCCAAGGCGGAAGUGGCCUGCAUCGCGGUGUAUGAGACGGACGUGUUUGUGGUUGGAACCGAGAGAGGACGCGCUUUUGUUAAUACCAGAAAGGAUUUUCAGAAAGAUUUUGUAAAAUACUGUGUUGAAGAAGAGGAAAAGGCUGCAGAGAUGCACAAGAUGAAAUCUACGGGCCCGGCGAAUCGCAUGAGUGUGGACGCUGUGGAGAUUGAGACGCUCAGAAAAACGGUUGAGGACUAUUUCUGCUUUUGCUAUGGGAAAGCUUUAGGCAAAUCGACAGUGGUACCUGUUCCCUACGAGAAGAUGCUACGUGAUCAGUCUGCUGUGCUCGUGCAGGGCCUUCCGGAAGGAGUUGCCUUUAAACACCCUGAGAACUAUGAUCUUGCCACCCUGAAAUGGAUUUUAGAGAACAAAGCAGGGAUUUCAUUCAUCAUUAAGAGACCUUUCCUAGAGCCAAAGAAGCACCUAGGUGGUCGUGUGAUGGUGACAGACGCCGAAAGGUCCAUGCUGUCUCCCGGUGGAAGCUGUGGCCCCGUCAAAGUGAAAACUGAGCCCACAGAAGAUUCUGGUAUUUCCCUGGAGAUGGCAGCUGUGACAGUAAAAGAAGAAUCAGAGGACCCUGAUUACUAUCAAUAUAACAUUCAAGCAGGCCCUUCCGAAACUGAUGAUGUUGAUGACAAACUUCCCCUUUCGAAGUCUUUGCAAGGAAGCCACCGUUCUUCAGAAGGCAACGAAGGAACAGAAAUGGAAGCACCUGCAGAAGAAUUUUAUUUUUUUCAAGAUUCUACUCAGCAUGUCCCUUCAGAAACAAGUGAGGACCCCGAAGUUGAGGUGACUAUUGAAGAUGAUGAUUAUUCUCCACCUACCAAGAGACCAAAGAGCAGCGAGCCCCCCCAGCCGCCCGUCGCGGAGCCUGCCAAUGCCGGGAAGCGGAAGGUGCGGGAGUUCAACUUCGAGAAGUGGAAUGCUCGAAUUACUGAUCUACGGAAGCAAGUGGAAGAGUUGUUUGAGAGAAAAUACGCUCAAGCUAUAAAAGCCAAAGGUCCUGUGACGAUCCCAUACCCUCUUUUCCAGUCGCACGUUGAAGAUCUUUAUGUAGAAGGACUUCCGGAAGGAAUUCCUUUUAGAAGGCCAUCGACUUACGGAAUUCCUCGCCUUGAGAGGAUAUUACUGGCCAAGGAAAGGAUUCGUUUUGUGAUAAAGAAACAUGAACUUCUGAAUUCCACACGGGAGGACUUACAGCUCGAUAAACCAGCCUCCGGAGUGAAGGAAGAGUGGUAUGCCAGAAUCACUAAAUUGCGAAAAAUGGUAGAUCAGCUCUUCUGCAAAAAAUUUGCUGAAGCCUUGGGGAGCACGGAGGCCAAGGCUGUUCCUUACCAGAAGUUUGAGGCACAUCCCAAUGACCUCUACGUGGAAGGACUGCCCGAAAACAUUCCUUUUAGAAGUCCCUCAUGGUACGGCAUCCCACGGCUGGAGAAGAUCAUACAAGUGGGCAAUCGAAUUAAAUUUGUUAUUAAAAGACCAGAACUUCUGACCCACAGCACUACCGAAGUCACUCAGCCGAGAACCAACACACCAGUCAAAGAAGACUGGAAUGUCAGAAUUACCAAGCUACGGAAGCAAGUGGAAGAGAUUUUUAAUUUGAAAUUCGCUCAAGCUCUUGGACUCACAGAGGCCGUCAAAGUUCCAUACCCUGUGUUUGAAUCAAACCCCGAGUUCCUUUAUGUAGAAGGCUUGCCAGAAGGAAUUCCCUUCCGAAGCCCUACCUGGUUUGGGAUCCCGCGACUUGAAAGGAUUGUCCGUGGGAGUAAUAAAAUCAAGUUUGUUGUUAAAAAACCUGAACUAGUGAUCUCCUACCUGCCUCCUGGAAUGGCUAGUAAAAUAAACACUAAAGCCUUGCAGUCGCCGAAAAGACCACGGAGCCCUGGGAGCAAUUCAAAAGUUCCUGAAAUUGAGGUCACUGUGGAAGGCCCUAAUAACAACAACCCUCAAACCUCCGCGGUUCGAACCCCUACCCAGACUAAUGGUUCUAAUGUUCCCUUCAAGCCUCGAGGGAGAGAGUUUUCCUUUGAGGCCUGGAAUGCCAAAAUCACGGACCUAAAACAGAAAGUUGAAAAUCUCUUUAAUGAAAAAUGCGGCGAGGCUCUGGGCCUCAAGCAAGCCGUGAAGGUGCCCUUUGCGCUAUUCGAGUCUUUCCCGGAGGACUUCUACGUGGAGGGCCUGCCUGAGGGGGUGCCCUUCCGGCGGCCGUCGACCUUCGGCAUUCCGAGGCUGGAGAAGAUACUCAGAAACAAGGCCAAGAUUAAGUUCAUCAUCAAAAAGCCUGAGAUGUUUGAGACCGCAAUUAAGGAGAGCACGUCCUCCUCGAAGAGCCCUCCGAGAAAAAUAAAUUCAUCCCCGAACGUUAAUACUACUGCAUCAGGUGUGGAAGAUCUUAACAUCAUUCAGGUGACGAUUCCAGAUGAUGACAACGAAAGGCUGUCAAAAGUGGAGAAAGCGAGACAGCUCAGAGAGCAAGUGAACGACCUCUUCAGUCGGAAAUUUGGUGAAGCUAUUGGUAUGGGUUUCCCUGUGAAGGUUCCCUACAGGAAAAUCACCAUUAACCCCGGCUGCGUGGUGGUGGACGGCAUGCCGCCCGGAGUGUCAUUCAAAGCCCCCAGUUACCUAGAAAUCAGCUCCAUGAGAAGGAUCUUAGAUUCGGCCGAGUUCAUUAAGUUCACAGUCAUUAGACCAUUUCCAGGACUUGUGAUUAAUAACCAGUUGGUUGAUCAGAAUGAGUCAGAAGGCCCAGUGAUACAAGAAUCCGCUGAGCCCAGCCAGUUGGAGGUUCCUGCGACAGAAGAAAUAAAGGAGGCUGAUGGAAACUCUCAGAUCAAGCAAGAACCAGACCCUACGUGGUAGACCUCUUCCCCUCCUAGGCCUAAAGUGCCAAUGGGUGAGAAGAGCUUUUCGGACCUGUUACUGCCCCAAGCCGUGUAAUAUACUUGUAUAACAGAAAUACCUUCUAUACAAACCUUUUUUUCUACUUUUAGAUAGAAAUGUCUACUUUUUCAGCAGUUCUGUGAAUUGAAUUAAAGAGCAGAGUGACUGUGGAUCUGGAGCGGCCGGCUUACGCCGGGGUGUCUUAGAAGGGUCUGCGGCAGUGCUGGAAAGCGGCAGGGGAAAGGACGGGGGAAUCUCCUCCGGUUUUUUACGCAUCAGCAGAGCCUUCAGCUGACGGGGUCUAUUUUCUGAUCAAGCGAAGAUCUCUCCUCCUGGAACAUCUCAGCUCCUGCAGUGAAGAAACACCUGCGAUCAUUCAGUCCUUUCAGUUUUUCUAUUUGGAAAAUCAUUUAAGUGACCCUUUUGUUCACGGCUCUCCUUGACCACGGAGUGAACAGUUAGUAUCUGUAUAUUUGACUAAACCUUUUCUUAAGCGAUCUAUCAUGGUUCCUAUGUUUUUUUGUUUUUUGGGUUUGUUUUUUUUUUUUUUUUUUAAUCAUAAUUACAAAACCACCAUCUGGAUCCCUAACAAGCCGGUGAGAGGUUAGUGUGUCAGCGUGUGGCCUACAGACGCGGUACCGGGAGUCUCUUCCACGGGACGUCGCAUCCAAGUGACACGCGGGGUGGCCCAGCGGCGUCGGGUCAGGUGCGAGGGUUGGGCCCAGCCCGGGGACAGACGUUCAAGCCUCGCUGUCCCAGACCCCGUCGCGCUGUGGGUUUCUGGAUCGCCGCCAGCUCGGAUCCGCCUGCAGGGGUUUUCCUGGUCUCGGUGCGGGGAGCGGGGCCAUGAGCCCAGGACGCGCCCCGGUGCCCCGCGCCCGGUGCCCGCAGUGGGAGGUCUUCCGCGGUUGGACUUUGCAGACAGAGAGUUGUACAAUACCAGCGAUGAGAUGCUAGAGUACAUGAUGGCAUAGAGUGUCCAUUAGCUUUAUCACAAUAUUCACGACAGAGAAUUAUAUUACAUGGUAGCAGAAAUAGGCGUUUUUAUGUGUUGCUUAUAUUUUACCUCAAAUUAAAUUGUAGAUAUAGGGUAAUAAAUAAAAUCCAUCCAUGCCUUUCA